GAGAAACUGUAGUAAAUAGAUGGUCGGUCGUCGGUAGCGCAAUCUGACGAGGAAUGCGGCAAGCAGAGCUCUUUUUAUUUCUCCUAUACGGUCAAGUGGAGUGUGGAGUGUACUAAUUUAUCGAAAAUAAUCACGGAUACGACUCUCGGCUUCGUUCCCGCAGUUUCACAUCGAACGAGGUAUACAAUAAUCCACAUAAAUGAGCCGAACCCUGCGAAAAUGAGUUCGCUACAGCAAGGAAACAGGUUCCUGCCAUUCUCAAACAACAAUUUACAAAGAAAACAAUUGUCUAUGCAAGGGGGCCUACCUCAAAGUUUGAGCGGUAGCGAGACUGACGUUUCCACAUCCAAUGAGAAUCUGAGCAACGAAGAGAGAUAUGUCAUACGGCAUACGGCUCGGCAAGAACCGCAAGGUCAGGAAAAUCAGCAACAGAGUCCCUCCAGAUCUUCCAGUCACAAAGAAAAUAUACCAAAUAUUCAGGGCAACCUACAUAAUAGGAACAGUCUGAAAGACAGCUUGAACGGGUCUAACAGGAACAGUCUGAAGGAGAGUUUGAACGGCUCCAACCGGAACAGUCUGAAGGACAGCAUCAAUGGAUCCAAUCGGAACAGCUUGAAGGACAACUUGAGCAACCGUACCAGUGGUUCCAACAGGAGCAGCCUAGAUGUCUCGACGAGUUCUUACAACACGUUAAUUAUACAUAACGCUAACGACGACAGCUCGUGGAUACCAUCUGGAAGGUUGUCGGGCAUAGUGAGGGAACAUGGAGAUGUGGGCUACUUGUAUUGCGACGGAAAAGGUCAUUCCAACAGUCCCACGAUACAGUCCUUGUCCAAUCUGCCGCACGAGGAUUACGUCCACGAACAAUCUGGUGGUGGUUGCCAAGAAAUCACGGAUAUUCCGGAUGAUUAUCUUAAUCAGUCUCAGGUCUUGAAACAUCUAGCGAAAGAGGUAAAAGUGCCAUCGUAUUCUAACAGUGGCAGUCUAGAGAUGAGAUUGGGAGAGAUGAGAAUAAGAGACGGCGACAGGAGAAAGCAGAACGACAGCGAGUACGAAGGCAGAUCGACACCGUGCUACAUACCCACGCUGUUUAAAAGUAAACACAGGCUCUUCGGACCAACGGAGAAGUUAACUGUAUCGCGAUCACAGCCAGAUCUAUCCAGGAUCAACAAGGCGGACAUCGAUAAUUAUAAUCUUCGAACAACGUCGCCCCGACCGCAGACUAAGGGACGGGAAGAGUUGGAAAGGGAGAUGGGCGAGUUGUGGCCGUCGUCGGAGAUGAUUCAGAUAAUAAUCCAAGAGAACAGCGCGUUGAAGCUCGAAUUGGAUCACUGCUAUAGCAAGGUUGCCAAGACACAGAAGUUGGAGCAGGAGAUAGCGAAGGUGCAUCGUGUCCACGAGGAGCUUGCGGCGUCUUGCGAGCGACGGGAGAAACUGGAGCGUGCCGCCCGAAUGAGACUGCAAAACGAAUGCCGUCGGUUGACCGAAUUAAAUCGCGCGUACAGAGACCAGAUCGACCUGCUGUCCGCACGUACGGACAGUCCGCCGAUCGUCGAGACAAUGCGGAAGGAACUAACGCAACGCGAGCUGCUCAUCGGACAGCUCAUCACUCAGAACAAAGAGUUGACCGCUGCGAAGGAGAGACAGGAGAUUGAGCUGGCGGCGCAGCGGGCCACUUUGCAAGAACAACGUACGCACAUCGACAUUCUGGAUACCGCGCUGACGAACGCGCAAGGCAAUGUUGUACGACUGGAAGAAGAAUGUCGAAAGAAGCAAGUGUACGUGGAGAGAGUGGGUCAGCUUCAGCGAGCCUUGUCUUCGCUUCAAGCGUCUAGCGAUAGACGAGAAGAGACCGAGAGACAACUGAGAGGUCAGCUGGAAAGGGAGUUGCGCGAGGGUGGCGGAGGUGGCGGCGGUGGAAACGGCAAUGAGCAGAAUUCGAACGGCGAGACGAUCGCGGAUCUGAAACGACGAUUACGCGAACGGGACGAGAAGAUCAUGUCGCUCGAGGGCGAUGUCGUAAAGUGGGAACAACGCUACCUCGAGGAAAGCGCAUUGAGGCAAGCGGCUAUCGAUGCUGCCAGCUUGCCAAAAGACGCGAAAAUCGCCGCUCUGGAAAAGACCAGUCAGGAUGCAGAGAAAUUAAUCGCCGAGGCUCGCUCGGAGAAGAUGAGACACAUGGACGAGGUGCACGCCGCACAAAAGAAAUUGGCCGAUCUCGAAUCUAGAAUGAAGGACUUGGAGUCCAAGCUAGCCGAGAGAGAUGCCAUGAUCAGGGUGCUGCAGAAACACACGUACGACAAAGCCGACAGCAGUAGCAGCAGCGGCGUGGGUAGCUAUCCUGCCGCGCACUCGUCUCACUCGAGUACCUCGGCGGAUCAUCACACCGCGCUGACAAGCACGCCGGAACUUGUGAGCAGCGUACUCGGCGGUGGCAGCGGCUACGGCAGCACCGGCUCUUACGGCGUUUCCGACAGUUAUAAGUAUAGAAAGCAGGGCAGCUUUGAGCAGACUAAUAAGAGUCUCGACGAUCAACUGAAAGAGCUAGACUCUCAGCUGCUUAGCAAGCGGGCACUUUGCUGUUUUCCAGGAUUCUCUAAUCCAGGCACUGCGUCGCGAAAAGGAAAAAUACCCAAGCCACUACUGGCGGGUGUAGAUAGCACAGGUACCUCGAGCACCGCCUCGAGCAAGAGUCGAUUGCUGGACGACUCGUCCGGUAGCGGCGUCGACGUGGUGUCGUCGAGCAUAAUCGAGUUCGCCAACGCGGCGGCCAGGCUGAAGGGCACUAUCUCGCGACUGUCGGACGGCGCCAGCGGCGGCAAGCCAACCGAGGACAUGAUGCUGCUCGAGAAGCAGGGGAGGAGCUCGCAGCGGCAGCGGAUGGCAGCAGAGGUGGGCGGCGAGCCACGUCGCGCUGGGAGCCUGCCGCCCAGCUCGUUACCCCGACCGCCGAGGGCACUCAAGGCGACUAGCGCCAACUCCCGCUACUGUCGCCUGAGCGACACGGAGACGCGCAAGAAGUCGGAUCCCGGACCGGGGAUGCUGGACGCCUCAUCCGCGACGAGCGGCGCGAGUGGCGGUGGGAAGAUGUCGCGCGAUUCCUCCGGUCAUUGUAGCAGCAUCGAAUAUGGUAGAUUUGACACCGGCGCCGUCAUUGCGAAGACGUCGCGCAGCAAGAAGAAGACUUCCGUGGAGAGUCUUAUGGCGAACAGCUCGCCGAAGAAAUCGUCGGUCGGCGGCGGCGGCGGCAGCGGUCACGAGUACGAGAGGCUGCAAUCCGACACGAUCACGAUCAGCAGUCGCAAGAAGUCGUUCGGCGGCAACUCUUGCGCGUUGGAGUCGACGGUGAGGCAUCGGGAGAUGCAGAACCGCUCGUUCAUCCCGCCGCCGCCGUCGUCCCGCGCCCGAUUCGGCGAGUACGGCCGCCUGAGCGACGGCGAAUCCUCGAUAGCGGCGGCAACCGCUGUCCUCAAAGGCGGCGGUAACACCUUAAGGAAACAGACGGGAGCGAGCGGAUCCUCCCGCGGACAGAGCACCGGCAGCACCGUCAGCAGCAAGAGCGGCCGCGAUUCCGGUGGAACCGCUAGUAGCGAGGCAUCGACGGCUUCCCUACCGCCGACCAAGGCGAGGUCGAUACCGCGUCCCAGCAACUACCGCAUCCAAUUUUGAGUAGCCCGUAUUUAUGCGCGACACCUCGCUCGGUAGAUUCGAGAGGCCGAUCUCGGUCGGGAACUGGUACAAUCUCGAAAUGAGCGUGACACGGUUCUCGAGACUCGUCGGUCGAAUACUCGACUUCGGUAUCCCGAAUCGACGGUUUUAUAAUGAAACGUCUUCAUAAACUGCAGCAUUGACAAUUCGGCCGAAUUCUCGUCCAAAGACAAUGAUUGAAUUUCGAUAUCGAUGUGCUAGGAUCGAUCGCCUUUAAUUUCUGUAUCACUGUCACACUGUAUUGUAUACGUUUGAAAAAUUGUUGGGGUAACUGAUCGCAAACUCUUGAUCAACGAAGUAAAAUUUCGUAAGACCGGAUGAACACGGACAGUUUCGGGGUUUUCAUUGGUUUUAACGUCCAAGAAAUCGAAGCGCGGCUGUAACAACGGAAUCGUAGACAAGAAGAAUGACGCAGUCCUUGGAACUCUAGCCUCUGGUGAAUUCGUUUUUCCAACGGUUGAUCGGUUUAGGUCGAAAUUACUGAAAUUUCGGUUUGCACAAUGCGGUCUUGACGAAUUCUUUCUCAAGUUUAUAUCGCGUAAUCGCGAUUCUCGAGAGAGAACGAUUAGACUAUUUGAUUUUUAAAUGAAGGCGUGACGCCGUGACCAAACUGCUUCGCGUAUUUCGAGAUUACUACGUUUCGACGACUAGGCCUCUCGAGUCUGAGCGUGUUUCACGCUUCUAAGAGAUUCGAGAUUCGAGUAUAACAACUAUAAGUGCGCGGGCACGGGAGUCGUUAGCGCGAGUCUGGUGCCGAGCGUCAAGUACAAGUUUUCGCGAGACACAAUCGUCGACGUUUCUCGUCGAGUCUCGUUAUAACGUAACCACGAGCUUGCGAUGCACGUAAGCAACACGAUGCGAAGGAUGGCCAUAACGGGGAAGCGCCUAAGCAGCCUAAGCUGGCGCGUCGCGCCAUUACGAUUACUAUUCAUUAUUUAGUAAAGCCAAUCGCCAGGCCAUAACGAACACCACGACCUAUAACUAACGUAGCGACGUAGUAUAUGACCUAGUCAUUACCAAAGUAACUCUCUCGAUAGAAUAGGAAAGAAGAAUUGUCUUCCCUGAUCGCAUCCCGCGUGUAACGGCGGCCUUUCAGGAGGAUAUACUUCGCUCCUCCUGGGUGAAGUGCCUUUCUCGCGGAUCGCCUCGCGCGCGAUCCAUUUCUUGUUGCAAACGCGCGUCUCCGUUUCCCUUUUCCGCGAACGAAAAGAGAAACUGGCGCGAAGGUAAUUUUCUAUUCCGAUGGAAGCACGUUACGAUACCUCAGCUCCGAAAGCUCGAUCUUGUAAAGAAGGAGAGACCGAAUCGCGAACGGGAUGAUACCGCGACGAUGCGCUUCCUUCCGUUUGUCGGUCGUUCGGCGAUACAUUCUCACCCUCGCGCGUUUCUCCUCUCUUUUCUCGGUCGUCGGUUGGUUUCGUCGUCUCGCGGAGACACGCACACACGCCUUCUUGUUCGAUAUAAAGACGAUACUUCUUUUCGCGUAGCUUUAUCGUAAUGUAACGAUCCUUCCCGGAGAUCGCGUAGGUAUAGAAAAUCGGAUUAUCUCAUUUACCUAGCUAUUAUUUUAACGUUUACUAUUUUUUCAGGGCGCGUGACGAUUAAGGUAGUCUCCCCGCGCUUAGAAGAAAAAACGAAGCGAUAAACGAAGAACGCCAAAGUGUAAAACUUAUAUAUAUUAUUUCUCUUGCGAUAUAUCUGUAUAUUAUUACAUCUCUGUGUUCUGCCACAAUAUAUGUACGUUGCUGUAUUCCGAUCGAGAGAUAUGAAGCAAGAAAAAGAUCUUCUACAAGAUCGUCAGAUGAUAAGAUCUCUUGUCUAAGAUUUGAAUAGCUUCGACGUGGCUUUCAAACAUGGUAUGAACGGCUUUUGUAAUUUAUUCAUUAAUAUGUUAAUAUCUUAAAUCAAUUUCCUUGAUUUACGCGUGUAUAGGAGUGCACCGAGCAAAUUAUUUUAUUUAAAAAAAAUUAUAUGUAUACAUAUCGCAGAGCAAAUUAUAUAUAUUUGCAUAUAUAUUAUACAAGGUGAUUUUUAACAAAUAUUUUAGAGGGUGAAAAUUCUUGAUUUUUCGAUUGUGAUAUAUUUCAUCAAUUUUUAUUCUGAAAUUCUUCUUCUUCAAUCAAAGUUUUCUCUAUCAUUCUUUUAAUAUUAUCUAAUAUUGUGUUAUGUCUCCUAGAGUUUCCACAGUAACAGUAAAGAAACUGUUUAAAGUGCUUGCGUUUCAUUAUAAUUUAUCUCUCUUUCCAGAACAAGUUGGACAGGUGUUUCAGUAUUCUCAAUCAAAAUUCAAUCACAUAAAUAUAAAUAUUUUUAAGUGUUAUUCGAAAAAAGUAAUUGUAAUGCAGACACACAUACACGAUAUAGUUUAGAGGCUUUGUAAAAAAUUUCCGAGUUACACUAAAGUAAGGAAAAUGCUCGGAAAAUACAAAAUUUAAAUAACCUGUGUUCACAUGAUACUUUUCUUGUUUUCGAUUUUAAAUUCACCCUCUGAAAUAUAGAAUGUUUAAUCAGAAUCAUCCUGUAUAGUGUAUAUCAUAAAUGUCUCCUAAUAUAAUUCACCGAGUAUUUAUUUGUGUUACAUAUUUUGGAAUUAGUUAUCUAAUAUAUGCACGCGUACGCGCUUAAUGUAUAGUUCUGUUUUCCUCUCCCCGAUUUAUAUAUAUAAAGCGUUUUAUGUAAUGCGGCGCAAUUAAGCUAAAUUUUCUUUCGAACUUGUAACAUAUGGAUACGGACUGAUUGUGAUGUAGCGAAGUGUUACAACGCGCGAUUAGGCUAGAGCUCUCUAUAAAAAAAAGGAAUAAGCGUUAUAAAGUAACUGCGAGACGUAUCUCGUGUAGUUUGGAAUAGCCGAAAAAAGUCCUUAAAUAAAAAAAAGCGGUUUCUUUCUCGAGAGUGAUAUAUAAAACCCAACGAACGAAUCGUGAGACAAAAUCGCGCAUAUAUGCUACAUGAUGCUGUGAGUGUGAAGGUGAUGAUGCUAAUAGAUAAUCUUGCAUUCAAUGAAACGGAAUAUUGGCACACGCCUCCGCCGUAUUCCGAUUUUUCUUUCUUUUUCUAAUCUAAUCGCGCAAAAUUUGCCAAUGUCUUUCCACAGGGCAGAGAGAGACAGGCAAGCGAAACGAGGAUAUCGCGAGAAACCAAUGUGCCUUCCUAUAUAUAUGCAAGAAUACCAAAUUGCGACGUCACCAAAGAAACAAAAGAGCAUCCUGCGAAAGCGAAAUGCGAGCGCGAGCCUGCGUAGCUCAUUAUCUGCGUGUCCACGUAAAUGAUUUAUUAUCUAUCGUUCCUAUAAUAUUCUCGCACGUGCAUGCGCCAACUAAAGCGGGACUUGGACUCGAAAGUGCGCGGGGCACUUUCGUGAGAGAUUAUAUUCCUUCUUAAAUCGGGCGGCGGUGCUCAGGCAUAAAACGUCGCCUGAUCGUUUUCGCUCUCUAUUUUUAAUACGACCGUUCGCUCCGCGACAAUCCGUUCUGAUCAUUUAUCAUACCUGUUACGGUGAUCAUCGAUGUCACUCUUUGUCGAGACCACUACUUGUCGAAUGAAGUCUGUGGUUUCGAUAGCUUUACCGUACGCGCUCCUAGCAAUUGUAGAAUCCGUAGAGCUUCCCGUGGCCUUGCGAAAAUCGCUUCCAUCGAUCUGCGAAAGAAAGUGCGUGCGUCGAUUGACGCCCCGUCUCUUGUAGACCGAUUAAUAACGAAUACCUUUUUCUCAAUGUUUUGUACUCGAAAGAACGCCGGCAGUUUUGCUCGAUGUAAAAAAAAAA